AUGGAUUCUUCCUUCUUGUCUGAGAUUGUGAGUUAUCUCCACCCUGCAACAUUGGGCCUUCUGCACACCCAUCAGGUUUGUGUGGCCUGCAAGUGGACAGCCUCUGUGUGGAGUUUUGCUGGUUCAGUGGAAAGUUUUCGCUCGGUGAUGGACCAGUGUCUCAAGCGGCGAGAGCUGGCUGCUGCACUCAGUGACCCCGAGGACGCCGGGGAAGACAGUGACCUUGAGAGCAGCCUCCUUCUCCCCCUCGCUUCCGGUGGAGACGGACAUGGGGAUAGAAACAGAGACAGAGACGGGGAUAGAAACAGAGAUAGAAACAGGAACAGAAUCAGAGACGACGAGAUGUACAGAGCGGGUAGCUCGGAGUGUGGGGACGAGCCUCGAGGACUCAUCAGCCCCUACAAGCGUCUGCGCGUGGGUGAGGCCUCAACCCCUUUGGUCACCGCUCACCCUCAUGAUGUCGGGGAGGGGGAGGCCAACAGCAGUGGCCUUUUCCACCCACAGGACACCCAACGUAAUGUCACGCGUGGUGGUCAACAUCACCACAACAACAACGACAACAGCAGCAGCCUAUUCCCCUUAGCAGCGACGGGGACGUCACGUGUUCUCGACCUGUCGUCCUCAGAUCACAGCGCCAACAGUUCCUUCAGUUCUGCCAAGUUGUUUGGUGACAACGGUCGGCGUCAUGCCGCCAGUUCAUGCGGCAGAAGCAGCGCCAACUCAUCAGCCACCGAGGCCACGUCGGAUCUGCGCGGCAAUAUGUACAACAGCUUAGAGUACUCCCCCGAUCGCUCCCAGUGUUCUCUCAAUCUCUCAAGGUCCUCCCCGAACCAUCGCCGUCAGAUGUCCUGUAGUUCUUCUACCCCUCCCCAUGAUAGUAGUGCCCAUAGAUCUCACGGUUGGGCUCUCAGGCCGCAGCUCUCCACGCCAUCAGCAACGUCUUCCUUCACGAUGAUGGUACCCCAGAACACGCCAAUCGUUGAAAAGCGACACGAAUCGAACUCUAGUCUCGCGAACUAUAGCCCAGCUCGGCCUGCAGCCUCCUCAGGGUUAGGAGUCCCCCACAGUCCAGGAAAGCCCCAGAAAGGCAUUGCAGCACGCGGCAAAGACGCACGCUCGCCCUCGUCGUUAGGCCAGUCUGUGGUGACAGAGUUGAAGAACUCGCCGGCGUCUCUCCAUAGCGCCGUGCCCCCCGCAUCUCCCGCCACUAUAGUCAAUCCCCACAGUCUGUCCGGUCUACAGCGGUCCCCGAGCCAACAGAGUGGCAUUGCUUAUAUCGACGAAGUCUUCACGGAGGAGAAGAUGGAUGAAAAUGGGUGUGCGGAAGAUUUGACUGAUUUAACCGAUUCCCCCGUGGUCAAGGAAUUCCCCCCUCCUCCAGCUCUGGAAACAAACAGCAAAAGAUCUCCUCUCACCAGAACUGACGCUGCUGCCUCCUCCUCCUCCCCCGCUGCCCCCUCUCAGGAGUUCGACUCUUUACUCCUGGCCUCGUACCACCCUGACUUCCAGACAUUAGAAUCUCGACAGAUCUCUUAUCAGUACAACAAUGACAGCCUCACACAGAACACACCUCUACCUCCACGCUUCACAGACGGUGGCCUACACACAAGUGGGACUCACAACUGUUCUCCAACUAGAGAGGACAAAGUGACAAGAUCGGAGAACUAUGAGCUCCACGGCGAAGAAACUGAAGAAACGUCACAACUAGAGAAAGAAACUGAGUCAGCGGUGAGCGAACGUACAUCUUGGAACCAGAGUUCUGGCACAAACACUACGGACCUCGACAAGAUGAAAGAGUACUCCACCACUCGUACCUCCCUCAGUAGCCGUGACCGUGGGGUGUCGUCCUUGACCUCCACGUCCGCGUCAGGCGGAAGGAAACCUCUCCUGCCUUUGACCACCACUUCUUCCUCCCAGCUGGUAGAGCUGUGCGCGGCUCCCAGCCCCAGUCCCUCCAUGAACUCUGUGACCUCCAUGAACUCUGUGACCUCCAUGACCUCCCUGGAGGCGGCCUACUCCAGGUCUGUGGGCACCAACUGUGCCGAAGGUCAAUCUGUUCCGUCAUCAUCAGCUGACACCUCUCCUGGCAGUUCUGCUGCAGCGACUGCAGGCUCGAUACCUCACGAGGAUGGAGAGGAGGAAGAAGAGGAGGGCAGCACCCAUGGUUUGUAUCGGGACGCCGACAGCGGCUCUGCCGUCUAUGACAGUCUCAACUCCGACACUGAGUCUGAGGGGGGUCACCACCGCGGGGGGCAGGGGUUCGGAUCCGUGCCAGAGACCGGCACUGUGUCCAAGACUUCUGUGUCUGCGGGGGUCAGCACUGUGGGCCUGGAGAUGUGCCUGGAGGACUCGGCCGCUGUCACGUCAUCUCUAACAUCGCAACGUUCCUCCACCCACGAGUUGAGCACCCCCCACAGCUCACGGCACAAGAUGCAGGGAGGCCGAGCUUUGUCCUUUGACAGUGUGCCCGGCGCUCACCGUGUCCUUGGACCUCCUCAGAGUGAGCACUUGCAGCUCUACACUGAUCAGGCUGACCACGACCACCGUCCCUCCUACCCGGUGUCCACUGACAGACAGUUUACAGACCACAACAUACGAGCGCCCUCGUCUGAUAGCCUGUCUCGGCCCCUCUCUCCCCCGCCCACGUAUCAGGAGGCUUACAAGUUCCUCGUACCGGGAGAGAAGAAAAAGUCCAAGAAAUGUUCCAAGUCCAAGGGGUCUUCCUCCUCACUUACGAAUCAUAAUUCCGGACAAGUGAAUCUUGGGGGUUCCGGUUCAAACUUGGGCUCGUCGUCUCACCUGAUGAGAGCGGAAUGGGGCAACUCGGGCUCGAACCCUCACCCUUGGCAGCACAGCUUGGAAAGCCUCAGCGGUGGUGGUCAGCUUGAUUAUCACUCACAGCACCAGCAGCACCAAGAUCAGUAUCAACAGCAGCAGCAAUAUCAACAGCUACAGCAGCAAUAUCAACACCAGGAGCAUCAGCAACAACAGCUACAGCACAACCACCACUCGCGCAGCUCCCAGCUGGCCACCAGCAGUUCCCGCCUGUCUGGCGCCAGCAGCGGUGGCCUGUCCAGGUCGUCCCAGACCAGCGGUCAGAGCAGACACAGCAGCCGGAGCUCCCACUCCCAGGGCCGGAGGGAGCCGGACAGCGGGGAGCGGUCAUCAUCUAAGCCAGGCAGGGAGCGGUCAUCUCGUCCCAGCCGGACCACGACGUCGGGGACUCAGGGUGCCAACAGGGCCAUGCUGCAGAGUGCAG